CGCGUGGAGAAGCAGUGGAUAGCUGUCGGUGCUGAACCAACAACAUUCCUCACAACAACUUCAGGAUCUUCUUAUUUAUGGCUGUUUUUACAUGGUGGAAAAAAAAAAAAAGAUUAACAUCGAAACAGUUUUGCCUGCUGGACCAGACCUUCUGAUAUCGCCAUUCGCGCUCUAAGGCAAAGCCUAUUUUUCUUUUGCUCGGCAUCUUAAAACACCCCGCAAACUGCUUCAGUGUGUUUCAGUCCGCAGGUAGUGAAAUUCAAUGCGGAGUUGUAAUUUUCUCCUGCUCGUCCACGCCAAAUACACAUGCCCUAAAUGCAUACAACACGAAGAACGCCUGGAACCUCCAAUGUGAUGCAUCGGUAUAAAAGGAAAAUUACUCGGUUAAGAUGGGUAAUAAACAAACGAUAUUUACUGAUGAACAGCUAGAUGCCUACCAGGACUGUACCUUCUUCACGCGUAAAGAAAUCCUUCGGUGAGUUGCAUACCAGAUACCACGAACUGGCACCUAAUUUAGUGCCAAUGGACUACACGAAUGAUCCUGAUUGUAAAGUACCCAUACAGCUCAUAAUAAACAUGCCGGAACUAAUGGAGAAUCCUUUUAAAGAGAGGAUCGUGGAGUCGUUCUCUGAAGCUGGAGAUGGGAACCUCAGCUUUAAUGAUUUUGUGGACAUGUUCUCCGUGCUCAGUGAAAUGGCCCCCAGAGAACUGAAGGCCAUCUAUGCAUUUAAAAUAUAUGACUUCAACACAGACAAUUUCAUCUGCAAGUCAGACUUGGAGCAGACCCUGAAUAAGCUGACCCGAGAGGAGCUCACCCCGGAGGAAGUGAACCUGGUGUGUGAGAAAGUGAUUGAGGAAGCCGAUCUGGACGGAGACGGCAAGCUCGCAUUUGCUGACUUUGAAAAUAUGAUUUCCAGGGCACCAGACUUCUUAAGCACCUUUCAUAUACGGAUCUGAGAAAAGCCUAAGGAGAACUUGCAGACUUUGUCACCUGCUUCUCCUGACCUCAGGCAAUUAGGGAUGCAGUCAUCCUCUACUACUGUGGCUCACAGUACCCUCAUGCAUGGGUUAUUAUGAUGAACCAUGCUGUACUGAGGGACUAGAAGCAACGCUCCACUACUCCAGUUAAUGAUCCUAUAAGUCUACCAGUGUCGUUGUACUACAACAGCUGUCUGCAAAAAAAGAGAAGUUUGCUGCCUAAUUCCCUGUUUGUAUCUUGAAUGAUAUGUAUGUAAAAUGUGGUAAUACGCUGGGUAGCAGGACACUGAAGGUUGAAAUGUUAUUUUUAAAGGAAGCACAGGCCUAUCUAGGCCAUUUCAAGUAGCUAUUUUAUCAAGAGAAAACAAAUGCAUGUCUUUUCAUAAAAUGUCACAGCUAUGUUGAGAUGUAACUAUGUUAUAUACAAAAUAUGCAUUGUGAUCCCCCCCCCCCCCCCCACAAAAAAGGAGACUAAGACUGGUUGCUUUCCCUCUCCAUGGUUACGAUAAACACGACUGAAUCUGUCAGCUUUCUCUUUUUUAUAUCUGUUGUAUAUUGAAAAUAAUAUUUAUUGGAUACUCUUGAAAUAUGUUUGUUUUUUCUCAAAGUGGGUCAACCGACUGGAGAAGAUCUCAAAGCCGGUGUGCAUCAAGGAAAAAACAAACAAACAAAAAAACUAAGGAAAUAAAGCACAGCACUGGCUCCAAGGACACAAAGUUUUUGUAACAGCUAUGCAAUCUUCCCCAUAAAAAUGCAUGAACACAACUGUAUUCUGUUGCCUGCUGCAAAUUGCUUUGUCAUUUUAAUUCCAGUACUGCUUAGGUACUGGAGCAUGACGACAAUCAUAUAUAACUGUUCUCCAGUUGAAAGGAAGGGCUCUCUCAUUUUCACUGCAUCAACUCCCAAGUCAGCCACUGACACCCGUUGACGUUACAGUGUGCUUUGAUACUUUUUUGUGUUAAACUGUCCUUUAAACAAUUUUUUCAGUAAUUGAUGUAAUAUAAAACAUUUGGCUAAACUUUGAAUAUAUACAUUUUCUGUUGCUUGUUGACUUAAUGAAUCUACUUUUG